AUGACUACCACUCUCUCACACACGGCCUUCGCGGCCAGCACCUCUAUUCCGUCUGCAUUCACUGUCUACGACAAUGCCUUCUAUAGCAUCCUUGGCUCAGCCCCGAAGCUGGAGGUCAUCUUGGAAAACAAUGACUUCCCCUUCGCCCACGAAGCAAGCGUCUAUGUCCCAACGACAGAUGAACUGUUCAUGUCUAGCAACCAAUUCACUGAUCCAGUCACUAAUGAAACCACUAUCGUGAUCUCAAAGGUUAACGUGACCGCAAACCCCGUCACCUCCGAGAUCCUCAACUCAACCGUUCCCAUGCCCAAUGGCGGCGUAAAUCACGAUGGUGGCAUCCUCUGGACUGGCCAGGGCACUCUGAACACCACAGGUGGUCUUUGGCAGAUGUCUGCGCAGUCGCCGAACAAGGCCGAGUUCAUCGUGGGAGGCUUCUACGGCCGCCAGUUUAACUCUCUAAACGAUGUUGUUGUCGCCAACGACGGCUCCUUUUGGUUCACAGAUCCCAUCUAUGGUUACAUUCAGGGUGUCCGGCCGAAGCCCAAGCUCCCAGCUCAGGUUUACCGGUAUGAUCCUGCUACCAAGGCUGUGCGCGUUGUUGCGGAUGGGUUCGGUCGGCCCAAUGGAAUCUCUUUCUCGCCUGAUGAGAAGACCAUGUAUAUUUCCGAUACUGCCGAGACAAUCGGCGAUGGAACUACCGAUGCGCUUCUGCCUGCCACUAUCUACGCUUUCGAUGUGUCCACUAUUAACGGUCAGGCCUUCCUGACUAACCGCCGGGUCUUUGCCAUGCCUGGUGAUGGUAUUCCUGAUGGCCUCAAGGUUGAUCAGCACGGUAAUGUGUACGCUGGCUGCGGUGACGGUGUCUAUGUCUGGUCGUCUGGUGGUGUCUUGCUGGGUAAGAUUUUGAUUGAGGAUGGCACUUCGAACUUCUCGUUUGGCAAGAAGGGGCAGCUGUACAUUCUCAACGAGAACAAGGUCUACCGCGCGCAGUUGAACAGCACUCUGCGCAGCACUCUCUGGAAGAACUAG